CACACCUUAUACAUCAGACUACCCUCCCCAGACAGGCGCACUUACAGGCUUGCUUCAGACUCACAGUCCAUUUUGUAAAUAUCCCUCUCGUUGGUAUACCACAUACAACCAAAAAUCACAAGUGCAAUGAUUGCAUCCCGAUUCCUGCCCAGCGCCUUGGUGUUCAUUGAUGCAGUUCGCUACGACGCUGGGGCUCACCAACCGACUGGCUGGUAUGCGCAUCGAGGAUGUGCCUGAGCCUGUUAUCAGCAGCGGCAUUCUUAACAACACCGUCGUCUUCGGUUACACGUACGCCCAGGGCAUCAAGGUCGACACCAUCCCGUGGGACUCGCUGACACACCUGGUCCUUGCCUUCUUCAAUGUCGAUGCCGGCGGCAACGUGGUCAGCGGUGCUGGUGACGUGAAGCUUGCGGUGGGCACGGCACACCAGCACGGCGUGCGAGUGAUUGCCUCCAUUGGUGGUUCUGGCGACCCGUCGGCAAUCCUGGCCAAUGUGCUAAGCAACAACAAGACGCGCGCCAACCUUGUGGCGUCAGUAACUGACACAUUCCCGAACAGCGGCCAGCAGAUCAACGAUCUAUAUUUGGCGCUUCGCGGCCAGCGGCAGGCGCUUGAUGCCAAAUUCGGCGACCGUGCCAAGGAGCUCACCAUGACGCUAUACUCGACGGAUGGCAAGUUCGGGCCGAGCGCGCCCAAAGUGGAUGCCAGCAUGUUCUCCGACAUUGUAGACUACGGGCUGCUGAUGGCGUACGACUUUUUUGGCAGCUGGGCCGACAUCACAGCACCAAACUCGCCGUUCUACGACAUCCCGGGUUACCCUGGGCUGUCGUUCACGUCAGCCAUUUCCGCCUGGCUCGAUGCUGGAUGGAGCGCCGACCGGCUUGUGGCUGGACUGCCCUACUAUGGCAGGACUGCCAUUGUCGAGUCAUCUAACGGCACGCAGUUUAUGCAAAACUCCAAGGCUGCGCCUCCCGGCGGACCCGUUAGCAAGAUCGAUGGCGCAUGGACGUGGUUGGACCUGCGCGAUCCGACCGACGGCGCACUCAAGGAGCCUGCCCGCGCCAACCAGGGGUGGGUGCGUACGUGGGACAAUACAACCAUGACGCCAUGGCUGCUGCACAACGUCUCCAGGACCUAUAUUGGCUAUGACGACGCCGACUCGAUCACCAUCAAGACCCAGCACAUGAUCGAGAAAGGACUGGCAGGUGCCAUGGUGUGGAUGAUCAACUACGACUACAAGGGCGAGCUAGGCGCGGUUGUCGAUGAGUACACAGCUGCGUGCCGCCGCUUGGCCAAGGCUGCUUAUGAGGAAACGGCGUCCUCGGAGUUUGGCGACGAGUCAAGCAGCGAGGACGUCGGGAAGUAUACCAGUUCUCACGGCAGCAAGGGCUCGCCGAGCUCGCACAAUGGGCCGAACACGAACUCCGCCUGCCGCAGUGGGGUGUCGGUGUUGGUGCCGGCCAUUUCUCUCCUGCUGCUAGCUGCCCUGCAUUAGAUGAAGGCCAGUAUGGCUGCUAUUGGCAGAAAAUGUGAAUACUACUUUUCCAAUAUGUAUGCUUGAGAAUAAAAACUCAAC